AUGGCAGAUCAACAUGACGUUGAUUUGGACUCCAUAAUCGACCGGCUCUUGGAGGUCCGUGGCAGCCGUCCGGGCAAGCAGGUCCAGCUGCUCGAGGCCGAGAUCCGAUACCUUUGCACCAAGGCCCGCGAGAUCUUCAUCUCCCAGCCCAUCCUGCUCGAGCUCGAGGCUCCUAUUAAGAUCUGCGGCGACAUCCACGGUCAAUACUAUGACCUCCUCCGCCUGUUCGAAUACGGCGGUUUCCCCCCGGAGGCAAACUACCUGUUCCUUGGUGAUUACGUCGACCGUGGCAAGCAAUCUCUCGAGACGAUCUGCCUUCUCCUGGCCUACAAGAUCAAGUACCCCGAGAACUUCUUCAUUUUGCGUGGCAACCACGAGUGCGCCUCUAUUAACCGCAUCUACGGUUUCUACGAUGAGUGCAAGCGCCGGUACAACAUCAAGUUGUGGAAGACAUUUACGGACUGCUUCAACUGCCUGCCAAUCGCGGCCAUCAUUGACGAGAAAAUCUUCACCAUGCACGGCGGUCUGAGUCCCGACUUGAACUCUAUGGAGCAGAUCCGCCGUGUCAUGCGACCAACUGACAUCCCUGACUGCGGCCUCCUUUGCGAUCUCCUUUGGUCCGACCCCGACAAAGACAUCACUGGCUGGAGUGAAAAUGAUCGAGGCGUCAGCUUCACCUUCGGUCCUGAUGUGGUUUCCCGCUUCCUGCAAAAACACGACAUGGACCUCAUCUGUCGUGCCCAUCAAGUGGUCGAAGAUGGCUACGAGUUCUUUUCCAAACGUCAACUCGUCACCUUGUUUAGUGCACCGAACUACUGCGGAGAGUUUGACAAUGCGGGUGCCAUGAUGAGCGUCGACGAGAGUUUGCUCUGCUCGUUCCAGAUUCUCAAACCCGCUGAAAAGAAACAAAAGUACGUCCCCGGCCUCGGCGGCAGUAGAUCCAUCACUCCUCCCAAGAAAUCGUCCAAAACCUAA